UUUUUAGCGUACAGGUUAUGUUGCUAGAACGAUGUUAUUGUAUUUCACUACUGUUUAUAAAUAUACAAUGAAAUCGAUCUUAGUUAGAUAAUCGUAAAAGACUUUGUGUUUUUUUUAUGGAAUUCACCGAUUUAAAUUCAAAUUGUAGAUUUUUAAAAAUAAGUUUUUAUAAUUGACUUAUUAAAAUGAUUUUAAAUUUAAUUAGUUAUUACCUAUGGGUAUAUGUAGAAGUAUAAAAUUACAAAGUGGUUGUAAAUCAAUGUUAUUUAGAUGUUGUGGAUAGGAAAGUAAAAAUAUCACUGAUAUCGGGACACGGUCAAGAUGUAUUGUAUUUUGAAACCAUGCAUUCGAACGAGUUUCAUAUUAAUAUCUACAAUCAAAUUAAAGCAUAUCCUUGCUGGAGUUGGUUUAAUUUUCGGUCUUGAUUUUUUUGGAGUGUUCACACAUAUUUUUGAAGUGCCAUUUGAUGAAAAUUUCACCUAUCCGUAUGAAGGAGAUAUUCACGAAUUUAUAGUUUCAUUACGUCAUAAUAAAAAACCAGAUGUGCCACCUAUUAAUGAAUACAACUAUACAUUUGUACAUGAUAUUAGAGACAAAUGUUUAGAACCAAGUUCACGUACAAUACGUGUAGUGUUUUUGAUCAAAUCUGCCGUAGAACACUAUGAGAGAAGGAUGGCUAUUAGAAAUUCAUGGGGCUUUGAGAAAAGGUUUUCUGAUGUAGCUUUCAAAACUGUGUUCCUUUUGGGUACGCAUUAUCAUGAUCAUGAAUUGAGGACUAGAGUUAAUUCAGAAGCAGUAAAGUAUCGGGACAUUGUGCAAGCAGACUUUUAUGAUACAUAUUACAACAAUACUAUUAAGACAAUGAUGGGAUUCAAGUGGGCUGUCAACUAUUGUUCUAACUCUAAAUUUUAUAUGUUUGUUGAUGAUGAUAUGUACAUAUCUGUUAAAAAUGUGUUGAGGUUCUUAAGGAAUCCAUCUUUAUACCCAGAAUAUUUAAAAGACUCCAUAAAAUUCAAGGAUCUAGCUCAUUUGAAAAAUAGAUAUAGGAGAUCAACCAUAGAAGAUGAGAAUAAGGUGAACAAUAUUAGCAACAUCAAUAAAACAACUGCAGUUUCAGCAAAAGAGAAUGUCAAAUUAAUAGAAAUACCAAAAAUGAGAAAAAAACGUCAAGUAUUUGAUUUUGAAUUACCAGAUGAUGUGAGAUUAUUUGCUGGCUUUGUUUUUGUUUCCUCUCCUCAUAGGCAUAAAACUUCAAAAUGGUACGUUUCACUGAAAGAAUAUCCUUAUCACUUAUGGCCACCGUAUGUCACUGCAGGAGCUUAUAUUUUAUCAAGAGAAGCAUUACUUGAUAUGUACUAUGCUAGUAUGUAUACGAAACAUUUUAGAUUUGAUGAUAUAUUUUUGGGUCUAGUUGCAAAGAAGGCUGACAUAGAACCUUUUCAUUGUGAAGAAUUCCAUUUUUAUAAAAAAGAUUACACAAAGUAUAAUUAUAAAUACGUUAUUAGUUCUCAUGGAUAUGGAAAUCCAGAAGAACUUUUGAGAGUCUGGAAUGAACAAAAGGCAAUGGGUAAUGCCUAAUAUUAUUUGCAUUUCGUUAAGUUAAUGUUUACGCUUUUAGAAAAUUCAUUUUUCUUGAUAUUACAUUGUAAUACAAAAUCAUCAUGCGUUCAUAACAAUCAUGUCCACAAGAACAAAUGUGUAAAUAUAUAUAUAUAUAAUAGACAUCUUUAGAGUUAUUGCUUAUCACAAUCGUGUAUUAGAAAUCUACUAUAAAGUGUUAAAAUUUAUAUAUAUAUGAUAGCUAAUUCAAACUAUUUUGGAAUAAGUAAAAGUUAAUUGAGUAUACAUUUUACUCAAUGUUGUUAUUUCUCCUCUAUCUCCUUACAAUUAUAAUAUAGGUACUGUUUAUACUACUUACGUGUUACAAAAUCCUUAUAGAAAUGUAUUAUGACGUUUGGAAAACGUGAAAUGCGAAUUCGCAAAAGGAUACCUUACUGAAACAAACAAAAAAAGAUUUUGAUUUUCUAUA